AAAAAAAGCAACCGAAUCCUUUGGGUAAGGGGGUCAAGACUUGCAUAUGUAGGUCGACCUACGAAGGACGAGACAUGCGCCGUUCCAUCUUAGCUCCCCUACAAAAGUACUGGCGACAUGGGUAUGGUGCUGCGGCGCAUGAACCAUGGUCGACAUCGUUGGGUCUGAAACUAUACUAAGAAACAAGGUGGGGCCUUUGUUCGAUCCAGAUCAGAUCGGUCAAUCGAUUCAUGGUCCUGGCGGUUACUUGCGACUGUGGAUUGUCGACUUCUGGUCCGGUGCGUUGUGGUGCCAUGCCAGAGCGAUGGGAGAACGAACUGACAGGACAAGAGAGUUCUUUUCGAGGCCUCUAGCCUAUUGGAAUGCAGCUGAGAUCAGGCUCAAAGCCUUUGUCUUUUCCUUUUCUUUUUUUUUUCUUUUUAUUUCCCCCCCCCCCCCCCCCCCCCCUCGAGGAUCGGCACAAUGCCAUGGUCUUGAAUCAGGGGUCCAGUUCCACGAUUUGCUGCAUAGCUUACUGCAUAGUUUGCUUGCCUGUCUACCUAAACUAAGGCUCAGGGAAGGAUCGCCGAACAAACUAAGACCUGCCCAGUAACCCCACGGUGUCUUCGAAAACGCCGAACUGCGCCGGGUGGAAACUCUUCCUUGCCUCACCUACCAAGCAGUCAGAAUGCCAGUGCGAUCGGCCUUCUAGAUAGAUAGCCGCAGGGUUGAAUGCGCGCGCCAUGCAGGUGUGACGUUAGGAAGCCUCCCAUGGUGAUCGAUAUGAUACAUAACGGUCAUGUGCCUGGACGGUCGUUGAGCUAAUUAUUCGCAUUCUCUGUCUGAGCAUGCAAAGGGUGAUCCCUCGCAGUCGUAGUCCUAUUCGG